CUUGAAUUUUUUUCUCACCGGCGGGCAGCCGGCCGGCAACCUUGCCUUCGCUGCCCGCUGGAAAUGGAUGGACCCAGAUUUCUGAUUGAAGCAUCAGAGGCCUCAUCAAUAGCGACUAACUCAGGCCUCUCUCUCCUCCAACUCCUCCCUACCUUCGUCAAAUCAGCUCAAACCCUAGCUCGCCCUCCUCUCUCCGACUACCACGUCAGCGCCGUCGGAUUAGGAUCCGACGGUCGGAUCUGCGUCGGCGUCAACCUUGAGUUCCCUGGUCUCCCCCUUCACCACUCCGUCCACGCCGAGCAAUUUCUCGUGACCAAUCUCGUCGUACACGGCCGAACCCGCCUACUCGCCCUCGCCGUCUCCGCCGCCCCCUGCGGCCAUUGCCGCCAGUUCUUGCAGGAGCUCCGCCACGCCUCCGACCUCCAACUCUUCAUCACAUCAGACAGACAGAAACUAAUUAAUUCUUCAGAAAUAAACACAAAACCCCCAUCUUCUUCCCCAAAUCUAACAAACCCGUAUUUUUAUCGCACAGAGAGAGAGAGAAAGAGAGAAUCAAGGAAGAUCAGAGCUCGAACUCACCCAUCAAUGGCGUACGUAGACCACCCUUUCUCCAUUUCCGACGAAGACAUCAUGACGGACUCCUCUUACAACAACAGUCCUCCGAUCAAAGAGAUCGCUCUCGCUGUCUCUCUCCUCGUUUUCGGAACCCUAGGCAUCGUUCUCGGCCCCAUCAUGGCCUUCAAUCGAGUCGGCGGCGACACUGCUCACGGGAUUUUCUUUGCGAUUCUGGGUUCGGUUCUGUUCAUUCCGGGGUUCUAUUAUACGCGGAUUGCGUACUAUGCGUACAAGGGUUACAAGGGUUUUUCUUUCUCUAACAUUCCUCCUGUGUAGUUGAGAAGAUU